AUGGAUAAAACUCUCGAAUCGUCUCAAAGUCCAGUGGAUAAAGCGAAGAUUGAUGGCGGAAUUGUAAACACUUCACCCACCACCUCAACCUAUCACGAAAUGCAAGUAGCUACUCCCGCCACAAGUUCUGUUUCGAUUCAAAGCUCUUUGGAAAAAGGAAAGACCAGCGGCAAAACUUUCACAACUCCUCCCGAGACCCCUUUCUCUGGAAAUAUGGAGUCAAAUGCUGGACAACCGGCUCCUUCCUUAUCGGCAACAUCGUCCCCCACAUCUAGUCUAAACACUCCUGUAUUGCCAUCCCGACUAGACAUUUUUGCCAGCAUAGCAGCCGAAGCUCCAUACGCCGCGGCACUGCGCCCAGGAACAUAUACACACCAGUUCCUGACCUCUAGCAUUCGCACUCCAAUUGUUAGGAAUUGUAAAAGAUGCAUCACAGGCUGUGAAUUCAAAACUUUCGAUCAGAGUAUCUGUGAUGACUGCAUGGAGAGUGGUCAUGGAAGCGAAAUGGAUAUAAUGAUCUAUUAUAUCCGCGUGAUGGAGGAAAAUGAGGAACGCCAAUCUUCCGCAAGGCUCAAUGCUACAACUAGAAAUCAGGCAAUUGGCAAUGCUGCCAUUGGUGACGAUGACGAAGAUACGACUGGUUACGAUAGUGAUGCAACAAUCUCUAUCGCAAGCAAUUAUUAA